AUGCUUCCGAUCUUGCGAACAAGGCUGGCAUCGGCUCCAGCUAGCCGCAUUGCUCAGCAUCUCACAUCACAACCACGAUCGAACGUCACCAACCUCUCGCGAAAUGCAUGCUUCAAACCGUUGAACCGCAGUAUCUCAUCUCACACUUCAGUCUUCAGGUCGAGCACUCGCUCGCCAGCCUUCAAGUCCGCAACGGGCUCCAACCUGGCAUCUCGUCAGCUAGUGCAGCCGAACAAGCACCAUGUGCGCUUCCUCAGCUCCACCUCCACAGCAAAGGUCAGCCGCAUCAGCUCGAUAGCCAUCGCAGGUCUCGGAACUGCCCUUCUCAUCGGAUACUAUCUCACCCGAGACCCACUGCAGUCCGAGUCCGAAGCAGAACAGCAAGUGCAACCAGAGCAUCAAGGCUUCGCCCCACCUGUCCCUGAAGACGACCAAGAUCUCCAUCACCGCAACAUCAUCAUCCGAGCCUUCAUCAAAAUCGGCAAUGUUAUUCACACGUUCAUCAUCGAACCCUUCGGAACAGCCAGGCGAUUCCUCUACCUCUUCUGUCUUUUCAUGCCCGUCAUCCUCACCUCGCCCAUGCUUCUUGUGGGGAGUAGGAGGGAGAAGGGAAGAAUGCGAGGCAGAAAAGUCCGCAAAGACCAAGACGGAGAUCGAUGGGGAGCUAUCUGGUGGUACUCUUUCCUCGUCAAACAGAUGGAACGUGCCGGUCCAACUUUCAUCAAACUUGCUCAAUGGGCGGGUAGUCGGCAGGAUCUGUUCCCCGAUGGACUUUGUCAGAGGUUGGCAAGGUUGCAUUCGAAUGGCAAACCGCAUUCGUUCCGCUAUACGAAGAGGGUCAUCGAACGCAUCUUCCAACGACCGUUCCAUGAGAUUUUCGAAGAGUUCCGGCAUGAACCGAUGGGGAUUGGCGCGGUAGCGCAGGUGUACAAGGCUACUCUGAAGCACGAUUUGCUGCCUCCGGGAUAUCGAAGGCAGAAGAAGCAAGCGGCCAGGACGGAGACCAAACAGAAACUUUCCAAGACGUUGGCACUGGCGUACGAGGAAGAAGCGGCGCCACCCAAGAUUCCGACCAACAGUGUCGCGAUUAAGAUUUUACAUCCGAGAGUAGAGAAGACGAUCGGAAGAGAUAUCAAGAUCAUGCGCUUCUUUGCAAACGUCAUUAACGCUAUCCCUGGUGCGGAAUGGCUUUCAUUUCCCGAGGAGGUGGACGUAUUCUCCGAAAUGAUGUUCUCUCAGCUCGACCUGCGUAACGAAGCGAACAACCUCAAUCGUUUCGAGCAGAAUUUCGCUCGUCGUCGAUCUGCCAUUUCUUUCCCCCGUCCACUCGUCGAGUUUAGCACAAAGCAGGUCCUCAUAGAAGAAUACGAAGAUGCCUUGCCGUUAAAGUACUUCUUACAGAUGGGAGGAGCAAAGUUCGAUCAUAGGAUAGCGAAUUUGGGCUUGGAUGCCUUCUUGAAUAUGCUCCUGAUCGACAAUUUUACCCAUGCAGAUUUGCAUCCGGGAAACAUCAUGAUCAAGUUUUAUAAGCCGAGUACGGAGUCGCUGCUUUCGGAUCUUUUUGCAAGGAUCUUGAGUAAAUUCGAUAGCGAUUAUGCUCCGGGACAUAAGAAGGCGCCUGCAACGCCGGAUGAUCAGGUGGAUGAAUCGAUUGUUACCCGUCUUCGACCGCUGAGGCACGACCAGGAUGCUUGGCUGGACGAGUUGGAUCGAUUGGAUGCCCAAGGAUACCAACCUGAGAUUGUGUUGUUGGAUGCAGGCUUAACUGUAGAGUUGACUCCGCUGAAUAGACGGAACUUCUUGGAUCUCUUUUCGGCCGUGGCACAGUUCGAUGGUGCCUUGGCAGGACAUUUAAUGGUCGAACGAUGUAAAACUCCGGAUUUGGUGGUGGAUCAAGAUGUGUUUGCGAUGAAGAUGCAAGAUCUUGUUCUUUCCGUCAAGUCCAAGACUUUCUCUCUUGCCAAGAUCAAAAUCUCUGACGUACUUAACAAGGUUUUGAUGGCGGUUAGAGAUCAUCAUGUGAAGAUGGAAGCGGAUUUCGUCAACACCGUUAUCUCGAUCCUACUUCUAGAAGGGAUUGGAAGACAACUCGAUCCUAACAUGGAUCUCUUCAAAUCCGCGCUGCCAAUUUUAAGGCACUUGGGUAGGGAAUUGCAACAUCAGCAAGGAGGAGGAAUGAUGCAUGUUCCAAAGAAAGAAGAGAUAAGGAGAAUGUUACCCAUGUUGAAGGUCUGGUUGUAUAUGGAAGCGAGAGGGAUACUGAGUGCUUUUACGGAUGCCAAGGUUAGUACUGUGGACGCUUUUAUGCGGUAUGGUUGGCAUUCCGAGUAG